UGCUUUUGUGUCUGUACAGUGGUCAACUCUUCACUGUGUUGCAUUAUUUGCUUUCUCUUCCAACACUUCAUGACGUUAUCAAUUCCUUCCAUGGAACUUGUCUCAUCGACUUCCAAACUCCCACGGAUGUACGACGUUCUCAUCAACUUCACCGGAGAAGAUAUCCGUAGGAAAUUUGUUUCUCAUCUCGAUUAUGUCCUCUCUUCUGUUGGAUUAACUACUUUCCUUCAGCACGACAAUGCAGUGCAGCCAAAACACAUCCAAGAGCCUAUUCUGAAUCUUUGUCGGGUAGCAAUUGUUGUUUUUACCGAAACCUAUUCUCAAUCUGCUUGCUGUCUUCAUCAGCUCCAACAAAUCAUUGAAUGGCACGAAACUUACGGCCGACAUGUUUUGCCCGUAUAUUACGAAAUUCAGCCAUCCGAUGUACGUCUCCAGAAGGGUGACUUUGGGAAAGCCUUCAGAGAAACUGCACAUCAAACAUUUUCAGCACAAGAACUGGAGCAUGGCAUGUUCAGGUGGAGUCACGCAAUCACAAAAGCUGCAAAUUUCUUUGGAUGGGAUGAUUGCAAUUACAGGAGUGAUGCUGAACUAGUGGACACAAUUGUUAAGAGCAUUAUUAAUUUACCAGUCUUGUCUGCUACAAAAUUUCCAGUUGAAUUACAUUCUCUCGCGGAAGAAGUGAUUCAAAUUAUAAAAGAUAAAUCAACGGGACUUUGUAGGAUAGGGAUAUGUGGAAUGGGAGGAUCGGGUAAAACCACCCUUGCCAAAGCCAUCUACAGUCAAAUUCAUGGUACAUUUGUGGAGAAAAGUUUUAUUGAAGAUAUUUUAGAAGUUAGUCGGACGAGAGGGGAUGUACAUUUACAACGACAGCUUCUUUCAGAUGUCCUGAAAACAAAGGUAGAGAUACAUAACGUUGAAAUGGGAAGAAGUAUGAUUCUGGAAAGACUUUAUCGGAAAAGGGUGCUCAUUGUACUUGACGAUGUGAAUGAACAUUGUCCAUUAGACCUAUGGGAAAGUAGGGCAUGGUUCGGUGAAGGAACAGUAAUAAUCAUUACAACAAGAGAUGAAAGGCUGCUAAGGAAACAUGAAGUUCGUUCAGUUUAUCGGAUAGAUCCAAUGAAUGAAAACAAGUCCCUUGAACUUCUUAGUUGGCACGCAUUUAGAGAAGCAAAACCAAAAGCAGAAUACAUUGACCUUGCAAAAAGAGUAGUUUCUAGAUGUGGAGGACUACCUCUAGCUCUUGAAGUCAUUGGAAGUAGUUUAUUUGAAAGGACGAAAGAAGAAUGGAAGAGUGUAGUGUCAAAAUUAGACAAUAUUCCCCCACAUGAAGUUCUACAAAAAUUGAAAGUAAGCUUCGACAGUUUGCAUAAUCAAAUGGAAAAAGAUUUAUUCCUUGAUGUAUGCUGUUUCUUUGUUGGUAAAGGCAAAGCUUAUGUUCGGAAGAUUCUAAAUGGCUGUGGAGUAGACGCUGAUAGUGCAAUAAGAGUUCUCAUAGAACGUAACUUCAUCAAAGUUAAAAAGAACAAUAAAUUUGGAGUGCAUCCUCUGCUACGAAAAAUGGGAAGAGAAGUUAUUCUUGAAAUUUCAAGAAAGGAACCUCGAAAUAAGAAUCGGCUGUGGCUUGAUAAGGAUAUGCAUCACGCACUAUUAGAGAAUACUCUCUUUUCAUCAAGGGAGAACAAAAUCAUUCACAGAUGGCCUAUGGAAGAGGAUUUAUUUGAACGUUAUCCUCCUUUAGAGAUAAGUGGCCCAUUAACAUUGGUGAAAAUCACUAGAGAUUCUGAGUUCCAUCCUAAGAAACUGAAAUGGAUCAGUAGGCAAGGGUUUCCUACAGAAUACCUACCUAACGAACUUUAUCUGCAUGAUGCUAUGGUGAUUGAUUUAAAAUACAAUCUUCUUCGAUUCUUCUGGAUGGAACCUCAGGUUUUUAUUAAGCGCCAUUUUCUUUUGAAACUUAACUAAAAUCAUAUAUAAUACUUGUUUCCACUUAUAACUAUUUUAUUUCAUCAUUUUCUUUUCUAACAUUUUAUCAAAAAACUAUCUUCUUGAAGGUUUUGGUGUCCCUAAAAGUCCUUAAUCUCAGUCACUCCAUGUACUUGACAGAAACCCCUGACUUUUCUAGACUACCAAGUCUUGAACAGCUCAUUCUCAAAGAUUGCCGAAGAUUGCGUCAAGUACACCAAUCUAUUGGAUGCCUCUGCAAUCUUACACUUCUAAAUGUGAAGGAUUGUACAAGUCUAAACAAUCUCCCAGAAGAAAUAUAUAGGUUGAAAUCUUUAAAAACUCUCAUUCUCUCUGGCUGUUCAAAGAUAGACCUAAUUGAAAAAGAUAUAGGGCAAAUGGAAUCCUUGAUAACUCUAAUUGCUGAAAAUACAGCUGUGAAACAAGUGCCUUUUUCCGUUGUAAGCUCAAAAUGCAUUGGACAUAUUUCCCUACAUCAUUUUGAGGGAUUGUUAUAUAAUCUUCUCCCUUCUAUCAUUCGGUGUUGGAUGUCGCAAACAGUGAAUCCCCUAUCUUAUAUUCAUUCCUUUUG